GUGUUGUGGGUGUCGAUAAAUGCAGUCCAGCUGUGCCGUGCACACAGUUUGCUUUUGUAAAUCUGGCGGAGGUUUUUGGCUUACACAAACAUUUACACACAACUUUAUUGAAACACUGACUGUUACAACCCGCUAAUCUUUGGGAUGGGAAGAUUUUUUUUUUUCUUCUGUGUGCUGUGCCAUAUUUUGUGUGCAGGUCCGAACUCCCUCCCAGAGUUUCCAGCCUGCCCUAGCCUGCCUUGCUCCCGCCUCCCAGGAUGACAUCACUGAUUGACGACCAUAUAUAAAGAGGAAGAGGAGUGAGAAUGGUGUGGGAUGUUGGAGGUGGUGAUGUGAUCUGGAGUUCGGAAUGUGAGUUCGGAAUGUGAGUUCGGAAUGUGAGUUCGGAAUGUGAGUUCGGAAUGUGAGUUCGGAAUGUGAGUUCGGAAUGUGAGUUCGGAAUGUGAGUUCGGAAUGUGAGUUCGGAAUGUGAGUUCGGAAUGUGAGUUCGGAAUGUGAGUUCGGAAUGUGAGUUCGGAAGUAUUCUAUAUUCUUACUGCUGUUCUGGUUUUCAUGCUUGCCUGGUUCUGACUGUGAGUUUGGUUGUCCCUGUAUCCGUUUGUGUAUUCUCUUCAACACUGCAUAUAUUUUGUGCUCAGUUCACUGACAGUAGGGGUGUGGCUGCCACCCCUUUUGGGAGAGGGGUACUUUUGUCUCUGUAUUUGGCUUAGGGAGUUAGGGAAGGAUACUUGUUUUCCUUUUAUUAUUUUCCUUUAAGGUAAACGAGCUACCAAGCUACCAAACCAAGAAUCCUUCUGUUUAUUAUUUUGGCCUUGGCCCACCCUGAAGGUAUGGCUGGUGUUUGGGUCUUUGUAUAGCUGUAUGUAUAUAAUUGCUACAAUAUUCCACAACUUUUUAACACAAUUCCUGGCUUCCCUUUUUUAAAGGUCAAAUUCCAUUGAAUCCUGAGCUAGUUACUCUGUGCGGCCUAACCUAGACUGGGCCGUAACAACUGAUAAACGUGUGAUAAACACUUAGGCAAAAAGAAAAAAAGGAACUACUAACAAGGAAUGUUAUUAGAAUGGAUACUGUGUUUUAUGUUCUAUUUAAGAAACCUGUACAAAUUUGUUUCUUUACUUUACCCUCUUUAGUUUUCACUCAUUACUCCAAUGAAAAACAGAACAAGCAAUUCUCAGACACCAAACACGUCCUGGUUGAUCAGGUACAUUUCAGGUGAGGUAACAAUGAUGUACCUCUUCAUUUUUCAGCAAACUGUUCCAAAACGGCUUUAUUAUUAAUUUCAUUUAUUUUUAAGUCCCAUGCUGUAUUUUCUCCUACACACCUAAUGCAGCCAUUUCACACAUCAAUUAAACACAGAUACACAUUGGGAGUUCAAGGCCAUAAAUUGAUGACUUCCAGAUUUCUAAGUGUAACAGUUGGACAUAUGGCAUGAAGUUACUUUAAUUACAUAACAGUAAUGCCAAAGACUGAAUUAACAACCUGUUAAAGUUUAACAAAUAAAGCAGUUACAGUCAUUAGCUACAGAAGGUGUCAUUUCUGAGAAUGAAGAAAGUACAAAAAUGAUUUAUUAUGCAAUGAUGCUUCUAUAAAGCCAACUGGUGUAAUUAAAUGAGUGGAUUCAUCUUUUCAGAAUAAAACACUUUGGGGUUGUGGUGAAUCCAGAGCCUAUUAUGAGAACGGUGGGUGUGAGCUGGGAAUACACACUUUAUGGGACCCCAGUCCAAUGCACAACACAUUCACACACUCAGUCCCAGCUAUGGGCAAUUUAGAGUUGGUAAUCGAUGUGCAACGUGACGCACGGACAUUAACCCAAGCUUAGGAUUGAACUAGCAGCCCUGGAGUUGGGAAUUUAAUGUUGAAGUAAUUUAAUGUGUAUCCUAGAGUUGACCUGACUUAGGGAGCGGUACUGAGAAGAGGGGCUGACUUCACUUGUGCUUUGUGUGUGUGUGUGUGUGUAAUCCUGAUUAGCUGAGACAUAUGUUUGGAUUUAAAGCUUCAUUCAUCUCUUAUCCAACUGUCAGCCUUCAAGCUGCUGUAGUUUUUCUAAACACAUGAUAACAUCAUUAGCAGUGCACUUCAAUGUAUAAAAGAGAAGUGUUUUCUGCACAGCGAAGAGUCCCCAUGUUGCCACUUGUUCAAUCUAACCGUUACAGUUCAAUACAUUACAUAAAUAUCUCCCUGUAUCUUGUGGAUAAUAAGCUUGUGGUGGUGUUUUUUUUUCUUUCUAACUCCAUUAUCUUGCUAUAAUGCAUGAACAUAAGCAGAAUAUGACCAGCAUAGCCCUGUGAAGUUAGAUUUCCUGCUGCAGCAUAUGACGUAUUAUUAAUGUAUAAGCAAUGGUAAUAUGACUUCUGUUAAAACUUGAUCUACAUUUAUAGGUAAAAACACUGAAUAGAAUCGGAAGAGUAAAGUGUCCACCAGUCGAUGCCUUCAGCAUCCAUUUAGAAGUCUGUUAUGAGUGAAAUCGCCUCAUCGCGCCAGUGCAAAGAAACAUCUGUAUUUUUGGCUCAGGUGUUCAUUUGCUCUAACAGUGGGCAUGCAGUUGGCAAAUUCCGAGGAAGUGAAUCUUAUCUGCACAAUAAAACCCAAGUUAAUUAUUUCUGAAAGGCACGAGAGCUUACAUAUUUACAAAAUCUCCACAUUGAAUAACAUUUAGUGCAUUCACAGUCUAUUUAGAAGUCUGUUUUAAGUGAAACAGACUUCCCUAAAUUAAACUCGCAGACCCGGUGCAGAAAAAAACAAACAUAUUUUUGGCUCAGCCGUUCUUCUCUUGUAAGAGUGGGUGUUCAAACACCAAAUGGUAAGCAAAUCUUUAAUUACGUACAGCGAAAUAUGCAUCAAUUAUUGCUGAAGCACAGGAAAGCUUUCAUAAGAACAAAAUAUCAGAGUUAUUAGUUUGAAAUCACUUAAAAAAAAUAAAUAAAAAAUCACUCAUCGUACCAUUCGUAAUACCUGUCGCACUCCCCCAAACGUAGUGAGCAAAAAUGUUAAACAAUGACUUUUAAUAGGCUUAAUGUUGCAGAACAUUGCCAUCCUAGCCCACACACAUGCAAGUAUUCUAUUUACGGCCUGUGUGACCUCUCUGUCUCACUCUCUCUGUCUCACUCUCUCUGUCUCUCUCUCUCUCUCUCUCUCUCUCUCUCUCUCUCUCUCUCUCUCUCUCUCUCUCUCUCUCGCUCUCUCUCUGCGUCAGCCUCUUGUCUUUGUAAGGCUUACAGAACAUCACUAUAGCAACUGUGAGUGAGGAGCUACUUCAGUGAGGGAGGGAGGAAGGGAGAAUGUGAAUUAAGCCGUUCACUUUAAAGCAGCCUGUGCUGGAUCAGCGCUCCAGGGACGAGAGAGAGAGAGAGAGAGAGAGAUGAACUAAAGAGAACAAGAGAGAUAGCAAGAAAGUAAAACAGAAACAGGCAGAAAAGUGGGUGGAUGGUACUGAGAGAGAGAGAGAGAGAGAGAGAGAGAGAGAGAGAGAGAGAGAGAGAGAGAGAGAGAGAGAGAGAGAGAAUACAAGGACAGCCACUGGAAAGCAAUAAGCAAACCAAAUUGCACACAUCUUGAAAAUUGUAACCUGAAGUCUGGGGAAGAUUUGGAGGUGGAGUAUUCAUUCUCAAAGAGUUUAAGGAAGGAGCACGUGCGCACGUGGGGCCAUGUCGUGGUUCGGCUGGAGCGAGCCUGUGUACCGGAGCGCGCGGCGCGAGCCGGCUGAGGCGGUGACGGACACACUGAUGCUCGAGCUCAGCUGGCAGAUGAAGGAGGCGGAGCGGCUGCAGCGCGAGCGCGAUAACGAGUACCGGCGGCUGCGCACCGGCGUGGACUACAGCUGGCUGGUGAGCGCGCCGCGCGUCUCCUACGACAUCAGCCACGGAGAGAGACUGGCGCUCGAGGACCUGUGCAGCAAAGUACAUCCGUCCUACUGCGGAGCCGUGAUCCUCCGGUUUCGUCAGGUCCUGACAGAGAACGAGCCAGAGGUGCAAGAGGUUUCCGGUCUUUUCCGGGCCGUUCUUCUCGAGACACUGGAGCGCAUUCAGGAGGAGAAGGAGGCACAGCGCUUGGCUCGGCAGUGGAAUAACAAGCGCUCCAUCAGCCUGUCCAUGCUUACAUUCAAAUCCCGAAUGAGAAUCAAUCCGUUCGGCAGCUCUGUGGCUCUCACCUCCAGCAGUUCUGGAUUAGAGGAAGUCCGUACCAUAUCUCAGGAUGUGGAAAAAGGACUUGGACACACAACUGAAAAGGCACAACGUGUGUUUAGCAUGCCUGAUUUCGGACACAAAGGCAUUAAUGGACAUGUGUGAUCAAUGUUUGGACUCCAAAAACACGACUUCAUGUAUAGUGCUGCACUAUGGAUUGAAAAAAAAAAAGAGCAAACAAUCCUACAUGGUAAAUGCAUGAUAUAAUAACCACCAAAACAUCAUACAACGGGUUUUCUGCACAUCACUUUCCAUUUUCAAAAGCACAACAGUAAAUAAUAAUAAAUAGUUUUCUAUAUAAAAAUGCUAAUGAUGUAAAUAUUUCUCUGAUUGCAACGUACCUUCAUACUGAUGGUAUCGUAACCCUCCUUCUGAGUUUCUAAACACUCUCUGGCAUUUACUGCACUGUAAAUGUAAAUGCUGUGUGUUUGGUUUAAGUUUAGUUAUAACAAUUGAAAUCUCGAGAUCUUCUAAAAGCUGUGAAUUUCAAUGCAUUAUGUUUUCAGGGGCUGGUUUGUAUGGCAUUUAGCAGUCUGUACUGGAUAAACCACUUUUUAAUAAUAAUAAUAAUUGUAAUAAUUUAGUUUUUUUAAAUUAGUUUUUUUUUAGACACAAACUUCCAUAUCGAAACUUAGAAUGUUGUACAUGUUAAGUACGUUAAAGUAAUGUUUUUGAAAUUAGUAACAUUUUCCAAAUGUUACUGAUUCAGUAUUAGUGUAAUCAUCAUUUCAGGUGUCUGUUUACUGUCAGUGGGCUGUAUGAAUUUAAAACUCCAUUUUCAGUAUGUGUGAAAUGUGGAUUUUUUUUUUUUAAUCGAACAAUAAAUAAAAUUGAUGAAUGAAUGGCUAUCUAAACCCUUCCGCUGAUGGCAGAUAAGAGUACAGUAGUUUAGAUCAAUUGUGAUAUAAGAAACAAUGACAGAAAUGUCUUUCCUCACACUAAAGUAGUAACUACAUUUAUAAUGCAAACAUUAAUAGUCAAGUUUAUUGAUCAUUUGCAUAGUAUGCCAGGACAUGUACAUUGAAAUGGUUGUGACGAGGUAGAGCAGUAUACACACAGGGCAAGAACGUAGACAAGCGAGCACACGAAACUAGCAUGAGACGACUUUUGCUUUGUGACAUGGUGCUGGAAGUAGACAUUACAAGAUGGUAACUUGUGGCCAUGAAGGGAUGCACAUGAUCAAUAAUACAACAAUAUUCAAAUAGGCUGCGGCAUUCAAGCAAUGAUUGAUCGGUAUUAACAGGCACAAAGAGUGGCAAGAAAACAUUCCCCACAUCAUUAUACCACCUCCACCAGCCUGGACUAUUGGUCCAUGGAUUCAUACUGUUGGCACCAAAUUCUUAUCUUACCAUCGGUGUGUCUCAGCAGAAACUGAGAUUCAUCAGACCAGACUACGUUUUUCCAGUCAUCCACUAUCCACUUUUGGUGAGUCUGCCCCACUGCAGCCUCAGAUUUGUUUUUGACUGGCAGAAAUUUAACCUGACGUGGGCUUCUGCUGAUGUAGCACAUCCACCUCAAGUUUCGACGUGUUGUGCGUUCUGAGGUGCUUUUCUGCUUACCACAAUUGUACAGAGUGGUUACCUGAGUUACUGCAGUCCUUCUGUCAGCUCGAACCAGUCUGGCCAUUCUGUUGACCUCCAUCAUCAACAAGGCAUUCCCGUCUGCAAAGCUCCUGCUCACUGCCCACUCUUUUUUUUUUUAUUGUGCCAUUCUGAGUAAACACUAGAGACCUUUGUGCAUGAAAAUUCCAGGAGAUCAGCAGUUAUAGAAAUACCCAAACUUGCCCGUCAGGUCAAAAUCACUGAGAUCACAUCUUUCCCCCAUUCUGAUAGUUGAUGUGAACAUUACCCAAAGCUGUAUCUCUUUAUUUUAUUUAUUUUUUUCUAAAUGCACAACCAGACUCUAUAUGCAUUCAAUAUAAAUAGCAUAUACGAGCAACACAGAUCUGAUGUGUAAAGAUUUUCACAUACAGCGGUGAGACAAUUCUGAUUUGUCCAAUUUAGACAAAAACACUGGUCUAGAUUUAUGCCACAUCAACACCAUACGCCACAUAUUAAGUGAAAGUCACGUUAUAUUGUGCUUAAGGUUUUAUAAUAAUGAAGAUAUUUACAAGUGCACAGAGAUGACAAUAAAAGAAAUCUUGAAUAGAACUAUAGGCAUUUAUACCAAUAAAAAAAAAGGAUAAAGGUGUGCUUAGGACAAAAAAAGGAUGUCCUAAAUUCUUGAUAUUGACAUUUCAAUAUAAAUAUAAUUUUGUGUCGUUUAUAAAAAUGUAAACAUACUCAGCAAAAAAAAAAAAAAAAAAGAAA